CAAAAAGAGAAAUGAGCAAGUGACGGGUCGCGUAUAUAUGACGUCAUAACAAAUUGCCGGAAAUCAGCGCCGUCCUGUGUUGAUGCCAUGGCUGGACUACUGAAAAAGACCACCGGCCUGGUCGGCCUGGCAGUGUCGCAAAAUCCACAUGAGCGACUGAGGAUUCUCUACUCCAAAAUCCUGACGUCUCUCCAGACCAUGCCGCAAGACGCCGCCUACAGGAAGUACACCGAACAGUUGAUCAACGAGCGGUUUAGCCACGUCAAAACGGAGUCAGACGUUGAGAAGUUGGAGAAGAAGAUCAAUUGUGGGCAGAUUGAAGAAGUCAUUUUCCAAGCAGAGUGUGAGCUGGCGCUCUCACGAAAGAUGGCCGAGUGGAAACCUUGGGAACCGCUGAUUGAGGAACCCCCGCCCAACCAGUGGAAAUGGCCCAUCUAAAACUCGUUUGUGAAUAUUAAUGAUUAUGAUUAGAGCAA